AUGACUGAAUACAAUAAUAAUUCAAAUUUCAAACAAUCCAUUGAUAACCAUACUUCUUCAGCAAGUGUUGACAAUUUUAUUACAAGUAGUACUGUCCUUUCAAAUCAACAAGAAAACGAAGAAAGCGAUAUGAGAAAAUCAGUGGAUUCUGUUCGUCACCGUAGUAACUCAAAUGCUAAUAAAAAUAAAACUACUGGCAAAAGUCAUCCUUAUGCUAAACUGCCAGUUAGAUCAACUGUCGUUGAUGACGACCAUAUAAUCUGGAAAACUAAACGUUCUAAUCAUGAAGAAGAUGAAACUACCAAGAAGAUUAAACAUUUAAGUUCAUCUUCACUUAAACGUAACCCAUCUACUGCUUCAAAUAGCAGUACAAAAAGAAAAUCAAUGCUACCAUCGAUUGAUUUCUCCGAUAAUGCCAAUACUUCUUUAGGAAAUUUGAAAAGCCAACAGCCUUUGCACAAUGGCCCAACUCCAAUCAGUAAGCCUGUACCUUCUGCUACAUCUACCGCUGCUACCUCCACCGCUAAACCUGCUACAUCUACUGCUGCUACCCCUGCUGCCAAACCUAUUACCUCCACUGCUGCUACCUCCACAGCUAAACCUGCUACAUCCACGGCUGCUACCCCUGCUGCUGAACCUGCCGGUGGUGCUGUGCCAAACACUAACUCUCUUUCCAAUAAAAACAAACAACAAAAUAAUGAAACCGUUCUGCCAUCUUCAACUAAUUCUGAAAGUAACACUACUACAACAGCAAAAGAAGAGAAGAAAAAUGAAAAACUGGCUUUCUUUGAUGAACCUGCAGCACACGGCAAACAUAAAGAAAUUAGAAAGAUCGAUAAUACAUUUGCUAAAACCCUACAUAAAAAAUACAAAUUGUGGGAACUUGGCCACAUUGUUAUGUUAACAUUUGGCUGCUUGUAUUCAGUUUUCUAUUUCUAUCAUAGUGCGACAUUUUACCGUUACCGUAGUUGGAAAACUUUAUUUUUGUUGACUAAAAAACAAAUUCGUUCCGAUAAUGGUUACGGGUGGUUAAAUUGGAAAUUUUGGAUCAUAACUUUAUUGUUUAAACAUAUUCUGUUCAACCCAUAUGUUUGGUAUCAUAUUGCUUGUUUAGGCUCUUUGUUGGCCCAUUAUAUUAGUUUAGAUCAGGCCACUAAAUCAAGUUUUUUUUAUUUAAGUUAUUAUGACUUAAUAACUAUGGACAACUUUCAAAAUAUGUGUGUUUUGUUGCUAUGGUUUUUCACUAGACCAAGUUUUUAUAAGAUUUUACCAAACAUGAUGUUAAGCUACUUCCACCUAUUCGAAGCCAAGAAACCGAAGUUAAGUAAAGUAGGUGAUACAUUAUUGAAGAGUUUUGCCUACACCGACUACUUUAUUAUGUUUAUCCUUAUUCUAGAAACCAUUUUAUUUAAAGGUACUGCUGGGUUUGUCUUGACCAUUUAUUUUAUGAUUUUUUGGUUGAAACUAAACUUCACUGGCUAUACUCAAUAUGCUACUCUAAGUUUAUUGGCAAAAUUUGAUCAUAAAGUACCACCAAAGUAUCAAGACCAAUGGAAAAAUAUUAAAAAAUUCUUUCUACUAAAGUUGGAUGAAAAGUACAAACAGAGAGAAUUAUACAUGAAAAAGACACGUUAA